AUGAACUUCAUUCGACUACUCGUUGUGAUGCUCUACCUGCUCUGCCUCGCGUUCGUCUUCUCCGCAGCCGUUAUAGAAAGCGGUCUUGGUCUCUCAAACCUCAGCAUAUGUUAUUCCGCCAUCAUCGUCUGCCUCGUCUUCUACGUGGGGAGCAAGGUCGUAAUGUACAUGUUCCUCGUCGAGCGCGCCCACGCCCUCCGCGCACCCUACCUCCGCCGCACCCGCGACUGGAUCUGGCUCUUCGGCAUGAUCAUCGUCGUCACGGGCUUCGGCUCCAUCGCCAUCAUCGCCUUCAUCUUCCCCCUCGCUGAGAUGUCGCCCGAAGACGGCAGAUGCCGCAUCGGACUCCCGCUCAAAGUCACCAUCCCCUUACUCACCUUCGACAUUGUCAUCAACGUCGCGCUGACCUCCAUCUUCGUCCACCAUCUCGGCCCGCUGAUCCGGUUCGAAAGCAACGUCGGCGGCAUAUCGGGGAACCCGUACAUGCCGUCCCACAUUGGGGGGAGUCUGAAGAGGCUGUUUCGGAAGUCGAAGCCCAGGAUCAGCGUCUCGAGCACUUUGGACGGGGAUUGGACGACAAAUCUGAACCAUGAGAAUAUGCGGGCGGUGGAAAAGCUGGUGUGGAAGAGUUUGAUUGGCGCGGUGGUGGUUAUGAUUCCGACGGUCAUCAAUCUGACGCUGUUGUAUCAUUGGCAGGGACGGGAGCAGGGCUGGUUAUGCUUUACUAUUUGUACUCUGGAUGCGACAUGGCAGGUCUGCGUGGUGCAUUGGCUCACGGUCGACCCGAUAGAGAUGGACAGCAGAUCGAUGAUGAUAGGGAUGAGGGACCCACGCGUGGCGGGCGACUCCGCGAGCACAAGUACGGUCGGUACGGCGAUACCACUGAGGCGCUAG